AUGAAGACAGUAUUUGCCGACGGCCACCAAGAGACACGCUAUUCAUCUGGCCGACUGCGCCUCAAAGACAGCCGGGGGAAUCUCUUGUUAGACACUCGCGUAGCACCGUCUCCUUCCCUUCAGCAAUGCCCUGAUAUGGCACCUCCAAUCGUGUCUAUUCCUCCUGCUUGUCCUGUUAACGCUCCCCUUUCGUCCACUAACAGGCAUAGAAAAACCCCUGAGGCCACUUCUGUCACUAGAACUUUUGCCAUUUCACAUGCCAGUAAUGGUUGCGAUCAAAAUUUGGCUAAUCCUCAGUCACGUAGAUUUGGAAAAUCACUUUUUUCUUCUUGUCGAUCAGAGACUGCGUCUAACCAACUUAGUGGGGACACACCAUACAGAUCGAUUCCCGGAAUCAGUCAUAACCAGCACUUCGAGUCAAUGAGCUCAAAUAACGCGGAUAUCAACCGAAUUGGAUCCCUUUUAAAUCCUCUAAGGGCUCUUGGCCGAUGA